AUGCCGUCCAAUAUCCAAGUCUUCGUGAAAUGGAAGGACCAGACUAUAUUUGCAGGAGAGGAUGUGGAAUGUACUAUAACAUUCAAGAACGUGGCCGAUACUGGCGCUGAUGCCAAUAAUGCGGGUGAAGGAGGUCAACAUUCACGGAAGGUCUCUCGAGUCGCGAAUCACACACCCAACUCGAACUCCGAAUCUUUCUUCGGAUUUAAAUCACCCCAAGCUCUCUUUUCUGGUCGCCGAUCAUAUUCCAUCAGCUCCCAACGGAAACCUUAUCACCGGACAGCCUCGUCCCUGAGCUCUCCGUUGGUCGGCUCCCAUAGCUUUCCUCCGAACAACGGCCCCUCUACACCGCGAGCAUGGCAGCCAGGUCACAACCAUAAACGCUCCGUCUCCAUCCUAUCCAUUGAUAGUGAAGGCCAAACCGAUCCGUCGCCUUCCACCCACCAUUACAAUCGACAUCAGCCAGCCAGGGGUCAUGGGCGCUCGGCGAGUCUCCAGGUUCUGCCACGAAGGAACAAUAGCUACGAGGAUUCUUACAAAAAAGCGAGAUCCCCCUCUCAUGCCUUUCCAUUUCCAUUGACAGAGGCUCCUAACGAGCAUCCCAACGGCAGCCUGAAAGUUGAUACCUCCCACUUGGGGCGGGCCAGCCGCCCUGGCUCUCUAGCGACUAGUCCAAUAGGCGCAGUAGAGCCAUUGCGUGCACCCUCACGACGGCCCCAACCGCCUCCCCUCGAUUUUAAGUUUCCAGCGAUGCCUUCGACCGAUUCAACUAACAAUCGCACCGUGCGCACUCCAUCACCAAAGUCGGCGACAACGAACGGUACAUCAUCAACCGGAGGAAGGCCCACUGCCAGAGACGCGCAGGGUCUGACUGGACCGGCACAUCAGCAACUAACUCGAAUUAUAUCCGCCACAAGCGUGAAUGGGAGCAGCCGGAGCAGCGGGGAGUUCUACUCUGCUAGCGACCAUUCCACCGAGACCCUCGGGUCCGAAUACACAAAUUAUUCGGUGCAGGUUGCAUCUCCCGCCAAAGCCUCCAACAGCCAGGCGCUGCUGAUGGGCUAUGCGCAGGUUAACGCAUCAUUCACAGUCGAUGGAUCAUUAGUCAACCAGUCAGCCUUCGACGAAGUCAAGCGAAAGGGAGUUGUUGGUGGCCAACCGGGUUCAGGCGGACUUCCUGGCCGUCCAACGCCAACAGUUGAGCGACCACGUAAAACUGGUGGGUUCUGGGGCGCACUCAAAUGGAACACUAUUGAGGAGUCUAUCAAUGGUCUUCUCUCAAAUAACGAAUUAGACGGGCUACGAGAAAUGCGUGGUGUUACAUCGUCGAGAUCAAUUCCGCUAUUGUCCACCUCGCAGUCGCUGCUUUUUGUUGACCUCCGACUCGCACCAGGGGAGGAACAGUCAUAUUCAUUCUCGUUCUCUCUUCCCAAAGGACUCCCGGCGAGUCAUAAAGGGAAGGCAAUCAAGAUAUCAUAUAAUUUGGUCAUUGGAACUCAGCGGCCUAGCGGGCCUAACGAGCCCCAAAAGGUCAACCGCAUCAAUAUACCCUUCCGCGUUUUCAGCGGCGUGAAUGAAAAGGGAGAUAUUCUUGGGCAUGACUUGAUGUCACCUUAUGUACUUCUACGGGAUGAAGCGAAGGUGCAAAAGGUCGGGCCAGUGAUGCCUGCGACAACGAAAACCCAAAGUAUCAGCAAAUCUCACCAUUCUGCAGCCGAUUUCCUUGGUUUUGUGGAUGAAAUUUUGGAGCAACGUGCGCGUUCCAACACGCUGUUUCCACCUGGUGCUACGCCCUCGAGACGACCUAGCGUCGAAGGGUUACCCCAGAUGCUUACUUCUAAGGAUGUCAUCGACUUUGCUAUCCUUCGCAGCAACCAGGCCGUGAACUCUCGCAGCAGCCCCAAUCGCUUUGAGAUUGCUCGCGAAGGUAAACGUAUCGCAGUGGUCGUCUUGAACCGACCAGUUCAUCGACUUGGAGAGACCAUUAUUGCCACUAUGGAUUUUGGAGAUGCCACAAUUCCAUGUUACGCUGUUCGUGCCUCGCUAGAGACGUCCGAAAAGGUCACCCCUACUUUGGCUAUCCGGUCAAAUGCCAGCAUUCACCGAACCACGCGGCGCAUCCAUGCUUCUCUGUUCGAGAACACUCUCCAUGCUACCCGAGUGGCUUUUAGCCCUGCUAUCCCUAUCUCAGCCACGCCUUCAAUCUUGACGAGCGGUGUGACUCUCGAUUGGGAACUGCGAUUCGAGUUUGUGACAUCCAGUGUUCGAGGCGAGCAAGGGGCCCAACCCUCGGGCACUCGCUUACUCGAGGCCUUGUCAUCGGAUGAUCGCGGCACAGUGCUGUCUGCUAUGGAGCAUUUGAACUGUGAAUCAUUCGAAAUUGCUAUCCCGUUGACGGUUUAUGGAGAGACUGUUCGAGAACGACUGCCUGAGGAGAAUGAAGGCUACCCAAUCUAG